UGCGCACACCAUGUAAUCCUUCCGCCAUGGUAUAUAUGAGAUUUGUCAGUCUGAAUUUACUUGAAUUUACUGUCGAUAGCAAUCAAAUUCCGAAGUUUCGUUGAAUUUCAUGAACGAAUGAUUGAGUUACGCAACGGAUAAGAGAGUGGUAGAAAAAAAAAAGUAGACGUACGCAGUGUGUGGUAGUGUGGAUAUAACCGUCGUUUGUCGUGUAAAUCCACAGGAGCGACAGCGUCGAGAAAAAUGAGCGAGCUCGUUUGGGGCAUAAAAAACGGUGAUCUCGAGCAAGUACGAGACAUCGUCGAGAACAAGAACAUUGAUGUAAAUCAAAUGAUCGAUGGAAGAACGCCACUACAUUACGCAGCAGAUUAUGGUCAAAGCGAAGUUGUCAGAUAUUUAUUGGAGAAAGGAGCAAAUGCCAAUGCUACAGAUAAGCAUGGAAUCACAACGUUGUUGGCGGCGAUAUGGGAGGGACAUACGAACUGCGUAAAAUUGCUAUUGGAAAAAGGUGCUAAACCAGAUGGUUUAACGCCAGAUGGCACAAGCUAUCUGGACGCAGCCGAGAAAGAUGAGAUUAAACAGCUCCUGAAACUCCACUAGCAUAAAGCCAAACAAAAUGCGGUAUUAUAAUUUUGUUACUUUGGUAUGUUAAUGUUCCUCCUUAUAGAGAGAGAGACUAUUCUAUCAGCUUUGUUUUGAUUUUUUUGUCUAUGAUGACUAGGAUAUGUCGUAUAUUUAAGCACUCUAAAUUAAAUAAAGAUAGGUACGUGGAUGCUGUUUUAUAAUAAUAAUAAUAAUAUACUGCAUGUCGAGAGAUAGUAUAAUGAAGAGCUCAUAUCCUUCUCGCAAUAAUUCUUCAUGGUUCUAAAUAUACAUAUAAGUAACAGAUUUAUCAUAACAAAAUAUUAUUCUUUUGUAGCUGAAACAAGUUACGAAAAUUAAUUUAGUUUAAGGUGGUUCUUUAGUAAAUCAAGUUACCACAGAAAUGCUAAAUUUCUUUAUAUAAUGAAGUCGAAGUAACGAACUUGACAUAUGCAAAAUUCUAGAGUAGAUUAACGAUGAAAUGAGAG